AUGUCGGACGUUGCGACGCUAGAGGCGGAGGUCAAGGAAUUCAAGGACCAGCUUGAAACUAUCGAGUCAAGCUUGCUGUUAGAUCCUGAUAAUACAGAGCUGCAGGGCCUCAAAACCGAAAUUCAAGACGUUAUAACCCUUACCGAAACUGCCAUCGCCGAACUUACGCCAUCUGCACCUGCCUCAUCUAAGCCACAGCAAUCGGCAUCAAAGAAUACAUGGACCAGAGAGCCUGCACCUGGAAAGUCUGCCGCAGAUCAAGAUGAAACCCCAGCUGUGCCGAUCUCGUUCGCCGUCAAUGAUAAUGUCCUGGCCCGCUGGGUGUCUGGAGACAACGCGUUCUACCCGGCGCGCAUUACCUCUAUCACAGGCUCCUCCAGCAACCCUGUGUAUCUGGUGUCAUUCAAAUCAUACGGCAAUGUGGAGAACCUGACGGCCAAGGACAUUCGGCCUGUCUCUGGCACUGACUCGCGCAAGCGCAAGGCUGAUGGGACUCCAGGAAGCUCAGCGUCGCCGUCGCCCGCACCGACUUCACAUGCCAAUGUCAUCUCAGCGGCGGCUGAUAUCAACCCCGCUCUGGCUAAUCAAGCGCGCAAUGAACCCAGUAAGGCUACCGAUGGGCCCGCCCGGCCUGCCAAGGCUGCGCGUAAAGUGAAGGCGAACAAGGAGCUGGAAGCGGGCAAGAACAAGUGGCAGGAUUUCGCAGCCAAAGCCAAGGGCAAGAACAAGAUCGGCAAAAAAGAGAGCAUGUUCCGCACAGGCGAGGGUGUGAAUGCACGUGUGGGAUUUACUGGUUCCGGACAAACGAUGCGCAAAGACCCUACUCGAACCCGCCACAUCUACCAACAGGCCGACGAAGAGGGCUACUGA